GCAUUGUUUUCUUAUUUUGAAACAGUUGAUAACAGCCCAGCUUAUCGUAUAAAAUGAAAGUUUUAACUAGUAGUUAAUCUAAGAAGAGAACUACACUAUGACUCCUUUGCUCUCUUUCUUUUUUCUUGUAAUUUGUGGUCUUUAUAGAUCAACAAAUGCAGAUUGCCCACUGGAAAAAAGUGAGCAGUGGAGUUAUAAUGCGCAUUUGAAAAACGGUCCAGAAUAUUGGGGUGAAACUUUCCCAGCAUGUUAUGGACGAAAACAAUCGCCGAUUGAUAUUGUGACUGCAGAUGUUGUAAAAGAUGAAAAUCUAGAAAGACUGCAGCUUACUAACUACGACAAACCACUUACAAGAGCUAUUUAUGAAAAUAAUGGACAUUCAAUAAAAGUAACUCCAAAGGAUGAUGUUGUAAGAUCUGUUCUCGUGAAUGGUGAAAAGUUCCAACUUGCCCAGUUCCAUUUUCACUGGGGAGACAAUUAUUACACUGGAUCAGAACACACGGUGGAUGAGAAACAGUAUGCACUAGAGUUACAUUUUGUGCACACAGAUGCAAAGGGACGCAUUGCCGUAGUUGGUGUAUUCUAUCAGUCAUCCAUUUUGAACAGCACUGGUAUGCAACCCAUUUCGGAUAUGCUGCAAUCCCUUCGGUAUAAGGGUACGAAAUUAGAUGUGAAAGGCGAUAUCAACUUGGAUAAGUUGGUCGAAAAUGGUUGCUCUUACUAUCGUUACGAUGGCUCUCUCACAACUCCUGGAUGCGAUGAAGGAGUUAUCUGGACACUUUGCAAAAAUCCUCUUAGAAUUGGAAUCUUGCAGCUUAUUGAAUUCCGGCAGGUUUAUUCAGUUGGAAAAACUGAUGGAGUGGACAUCAGUGAAUGCAUAAUAAAUAAUAAUUACAGACCAAUUCAACCAAUUAACAGCAGAACAGUCAGAUCUUCAGUAUGAAAUAAUUAAGGAACAUGUUUUAAACAUUAAAACUGUUAUUAUUAUAUGAAUUUGUUCAAAAAAUGUAUUAAUAAAAUUUUGGUACCAAA